AUGGAUGACACGUACUUGGACGUGUUCGUGGCCGUGCACAAACUGCUCCAAAGCUGCGGAAAACUCAUGGCAAAUAUCGAGUUGAAGCUGGAGUCCGCCGAUGGAGUGGGUGUGAGAUUGCAGCACGUGAUGUACAAGCUGGACACACGCUUGUGGCCUCUGAACGGUCGUUGCAAGACAGGGGACGCUGCUCUCUCUGCUGGCACUGUGGCAACACUUGUCCUGCGGACCGAUUUCCCUUCUGCUGCGCGAAAGGAAAGAGAUAUCCCGCUUCUCAAGCCAAAUAGGCCACAGUCUCGACUACCAAGUGAUGUGGCACAGCUCAAGACUCUGAGCGCAAGCCAGGCCAAGACGGUCGUCAAGGAUGCCGACGAGAGUCCUGGCAUAUCCUACAACACUGAACGACCGGACCAACGGCACGUGCCUGGAGGUGUGGUUCCACGGAGCACAACCCGCUUGGUGACCUCUGCAUCGCCGGGUCCGGAGUACUGCCCUCGGUCAACCCUUUCUGGAAAGGGAGCAGUAUCCAUGGGUACCGUCCCCUGGCUGCGUACACGCAGGCGGCCAGCAUCUGCACCUGCUGACGCGCGAAGAGAAGACACGUCCACGCUGACAACCUCCAGCACCUCCCGGGGCAGCGCAGCACCUGCUCCAGCACGUGGCUUCAGUUUCGGCACCAGCAAGCGCCUGCCGGACCACCAUGAAGAUACGCCUGGCGUUUCGUAUGUUCCCCCCUCAACGUUGCGACCGCGCUCGGCUUCGUGCCUGAACGGCCAUCGUCCAGAGGAAACGAAGCUGGAGCUCAGGCCCGAUCCCCACACGUAUGAACCUUCGAAGCCGUCCUCUGCACGAACCGUGCGAUUCGGAAGUGCCCAGCGCAGCUUCUCGGAGCCUGGCAGGACUUCUUCUGCGUUGGGGCCAGGAACGUAUGCAGUCACACUGCCUGAACGGCAUGUAAAAUGCCACCGGAUUGCUUCUUCGCCCACCAGGCUGUCUGGCUUCGGACAGUUCGAGGAGCCUGGUCCCGGGGCUUACGACCCCACGAUGCCAUGGGUACGUGGCGGAGGCAACCGCACAACCUUUGCAACAGCGCCAAGAGAGCCGAAACAGCAAGACCACAGUCACCUGAGUGGGGAGCGUCGGGCACAGAUCAUCCGGAGCUUCUUUCGAGCCGGAGGCACCACGGCUGCAUCAAUGCGCCGUGGACCACGGCUUCCACCUCGGCGACUCGCAUCAAAGUGCGCCUUCAAGGCCAAGGCCUGCGAGUCGGGACCCGGUGACCCAGCCGCAGGCCCAGGCACUUUCGACCUCCGGGGCAGAGGGAACAAGAGGAGCUGCGUUUUUGGCACGGCCCCUCGCAUGCUGGCGUCCGAGCUUGCAGAAGGACCGGGACCUGGCGAGUACGCUAACUUCCCAAGAAAGAAUCAGAAAGGUGGCAAGUUGUGUCCGAAAACCCCGAGCUCUAGAGCCGUCAACGUUCACUCCGGCCCGGCACCGGGCGACUACAAGGUGUAUCGACUCUUUCCACGCUGA